UAGGUGCAACUAACCAAUUGGAAUGGCAGAUAUUGACAGGCGCUUCUCAGACAGUGUCAAGCAGCUAGCCAAGUUGGAAAGUCCAGCAAAGUUUUGUCAUCAUCCUACAAAAGAACGAAAAAACAGGAAAUCUAGAAAGUUUUUGGCAAUAGGAUGUCGGAAGUGGCGGAGAGCGAGGGAUGCAUCGCCAAUCCGAAGCGACAUCCGAGCCCGGGUGCAGCAGUUCUUGGAGGAGAGGAUGCAGACCACAAUGCUGACCGGCGUGUUAAUCGGAGCAGUGGUGGCCAUCUCUCUGAUCGGCAUCGUGGUCCUGUUCCUCUACAGGAGAUACAAGCUGUCCCAGGGCCAGCAGGGAGGCGUCCCUCGCUACCGCUUCCGGAAAAGAGACAAAGUGCUGUUCUACGGCAGGAAGAUCAUGAGGAAGGUCCAGACCCUGUCUUCUCCCCCUUCCUCCAGCUCGCUGUCCAAGCAGCAGCAGCAGCGUAGCCGUAAGAGACCCAAAGUGCUGAGUAUCGCCCGCAGGAUCCUGCGGAUCCGCCGGGAGCCCCCCACCCUGCAGCCGAAGGAGCCCCCGCCCUCUCUGCUGGAGGCCGACCUGACGGAGUUCGACGUGCAGAACUCCCACCUCCCCUCCGAGGUGCUCUACAUGCUGAAGAACGUCAGGGUGUUGGGGCACUUUGAGAAGCCUCUGUUCUUGGAGCUGUGUCGGCACAUGGUGUUCAUGGAGCUGCAGGAGGGGGAGGGGCUGUUCCGCCCCGGCGACAGGGACGACAGCAUCUACGUGGUGCAGGACGGCCGCCUGGAGCUCUGCAUCAACGAGAGCGAUGGCACGGUUCCAGUGGUGAAGGACGUGCUGCCAGGAGACAGUGUGCACAGUCUCCUCAGCAUCCUGGACAUCAUCACUGGGUACCCUGCUCCCUAUAAGACUGUGUCCGCUCGGGCAGCCUCCAGGUCCACCAUACUGCGCCUGCCAGCCUCUGCCUUCCAGUCUGUGUUUGAGAAAUACCCAGAGACCCUGGUCCGGGUCAUCCAGAUCAUCAUGGUUCGCCUUCAGAGAGUGACCUUCCUGGCCCUGCACAACUACCUGGGGCUGACCACUGAGCUCUUCAACCCGGAGAGGCAGGCUGUGCCCCUGACGUCGGUGGCCAGUGUGAUCGGGGACACCAGCGGGGGCAGGACAGGACGACGGCAGCAAACACACACGCCUGAGACUCCAGAACCCCGACGGCAGCCAGACGGAGGGAAAGGCGGGCAGUCAGACACCAUCAGGAAGUCCCGUUCCAUCUCAGCGCCUGCAGACAGCGCAGGGGUGACUGGAAACGACCUGAACAUGGCCUACGAACGGGCCAGAGUCACCAUCGAUGACCCUUCCUCCAGUCCUGCCACAGUGCACAAGUCGAUCCUGAAGAAGACAGUCACCAUGCAGCAGACUCCCUCGGCUGUGUUUCACUACACGGACAGCGGAGGGCGCUCUGACCACGUCCCUCCCAGUAAGAUCAACUCCAUCUUCCAGGCAGCCAAGAACGAUCUCCUGGGACUCAUACCGCUGCAGGACCCCAGUCUGUUAGAGGGGCGUGUCACUCUACACCAGGUGAAGGCCGGCUCAGUAGUAGCCCAUCAGGGUGACCAGGACGUGUGUGUGCAGUUUGUCAUUUCUGGGCUGCUGCACGUGUACCAGCGCAUGAUCGACUGUGAGAAGGACACGUGCCUGUUCGUCACGCACCCCGGGGAGCUGGUGGGGCAGCUGGCCGUCCUGACCGGGGAGCCCCUCAUCUUCAGCGUGCGCGCCCAGAGGGACUGCACCUUCCUGGCCAUCUCCAAAACGCACUUCUACGAGAUCAUGCGUGCAGAGCCCAGUGUAGUGCUGAAUGUGGCGCACACGGUGGUGCGCAGGAUGUCCUCCUUCGUCAGGCAGAUCGACUUCGCCCUCGACUGGAUGGCUGUGGAGGCCGGCCGUGCUGUGUACAGGCAGGGGGAUAAGUCUGACAGCACCUUCAUCGUGCUCAGCGGCCGGCUGCGCUCUGUCAUCCUGAAGGAGGACGGCAAGAAGGAGCUGACCGGGGAGUACGGCCGCGGAGACCUCAUCGGGGUGGUGGAGGCUCUGACGCACCAGAACAGAGCCACCACGGUGCACGCGGUGCGGGACUCGGAGCUGGCCAAGCUGCCAGAGGGGGCGCUCAGCUCCAUCAAGAGGAGAUACCCGCAGGUGGUGACCAGACUCAUACACCUGCUGGGGGAGAAGAUCCUGCAGCAGGUUAAUGGUCCUCUUACAGCUCGCAGUCUGGCCCUGCACACGCCCAGCAGUAAGUGGGACACGGGUAACCCCGCCUCCAACCUGUCCACCGUCACCAUCCUGCCGGUGUCCGAGGACGUGCCGCUGACCGCCUUCACCCUGGAGCUGCAGCACGCCCUGAGCGCCAUCGGCCCCACCCUCCUCCUCACCAGUGACAUCAUCAAACAGCGCCUGGGAUCCGCAGCACUAGACAGCGUGCACGAGUACCGGCUGUCCAGCUGGCUGGGGCAGCAGGAGGACAUCCAUCGCAUCGUGCUCUACCAAUCGGACGGCACGCUCACGCCCUGGACGCAGCGCUCCAUCCGCCAGGCCGACUGCAUCGUCAUCGUGGGCCUGGGGGAGCAGGACCCCGCUGUGGGGGAGCUGGAGCGCAUGCUGGAGAGCAGUGCAGUGCGGGCUCAGAAGCAGCUGGUGCUGCUGCACCGUGAGGAUGGAGCGCCCCCUAGAGGCACGGUGGACUGGCUCAACAUGCGCAGCUGGAUCUCCCGCCACCACCACCUGUCCUGCCCCCGCAGGGUCUUCACCAAGAGGAGCCUGCCCAAACUGAGAGAGAUGUACGAGCGGGUGUUCCAGAAGCCUCCGGACCGCCACUCGGACUUCUCCCGCCUGGCACGCGUCCUGACGGGCAACGCCAUCGCCCUGGUGCUGGGGGGAGGCGGAGCCAGGGGCUGCUGUCAGGUGGGCAUCCUGAAGGCCCUUAGCGAGGCCGGCAUCCCCGUGGACCUGGUGGGCGGCACUUCCAUCGGCGCCCUGAUGGGGGCGCUGUACGCGGAGGACCGGAGCCACAGCCGCAUGAGAGUGCGAGCGCGGGAGUGGGCCAUGGAGAUGACGUCAGUGUUUAAGAAGGUUCUGGACCUGACCUACCCCGUCACCUCCAUGUUCUCCGGCGCGGCCUUCAACUCCGGCAUCAACGCCGUCUUCAAGGGCAAGCAGAUCGAGGACCUGUGGAUCCCAUAUUUCAACAUCACCACUGACAUCAGUGCCUCCGCUAUGAGAGUGCACACUGACGGCUCUCUGUGGAGGUAUGUCCGUGCCAGUAUGUCUCUGUCUGGGUACCUGCCCCCCCUCUGUGACCCCAAAGAUGGACACCUGCUCAUGGACGGGGGCUAUAUCAACAAUCUGCCAGCGGACGUGGCGCGGUCCAUGGGCGCUAAGGUUGUGAUCGCCAUUGACGUGGGCAGCCAGGACGAGACGCAUCUCACCAACUACGGCGACUCCCUGUCCGGCUGGUGGCUCCUAUGGAAACGCUUCAACCCCCUGGCAGAGAAAGUCAAGGUGCUGAACAUGGCGGAGAUCCAGACACGGCUGGCCUACGUGUGCUGCGUGCGGCAGCUGGAGUCGGUGAAGAGCAGCGAGUACUGCGAGUACAUCCGGCCGCCCAUCGACCGCUACCGCACGCUGGAGUUCGGCAAGUUCGACGAGAUCGCCGAGGUGGGCUACCAGCACGGGAAAACGCUGUUUGACGUGUGGAUCCGCAGCGGGGUGGUGGACAAGAUGCUGAAGGACCGGCACCAGGAGGAGUUCCACAACACCAAGACCAACAGUGUGCUGACGUGUCCCAACGCAUCAUUCACCGACCUGGCCGAGAUCGUGUCCCGAAUCGAACCCGUCAAGCCCGCUCUGGUGGAUGAAGAGUCGGACUACCAGACAGACUACGAGGAGGAGGCGGUGGGCAGCGCCCUCUCCGACAUGGAGCUUUCCAAUCACCACGGCGACCAUGCAGAGGGGGAGGAGACUGCUGACACUGAUGAAGAAAUGGAACUUAGAUACAGACGACGAGGAUCUCAGCUCUCAAAUGUGACACCCUGACCCCUCCCACUUUUCUGCCUGACCCCUCCCACUUUUCUGCCUGACCCCUCCCACUUCCAUCACUGGCCACUCCCACGUUUCCUCAUUCACCCCUCCCGCCUCUUCCACUGGCUUUUCCGUCCGCUUUCAACACGACCGUGUCCAACGUUUUGCACUAUGGCCCCUCUCACAUCUAUCUGGCCCCUCCCACAUCCCUCACUGGCCCCUCCCACAUCCCCUCACUGGCCACUCCCCCCAUGCCUUUGGAAGAAAUGUGUGCGGUGCGGGACUGCGAACAAGUAUUCUGUCCUCUGUCAAAAAGUACCCAAAGGCACCCAGGACACAGUAUACAUACAUGCACACGGUUAUAUGUGCUGUGUCUAAUGAAUGUGUGUGUUUUUAUUUCAAAUCAGAAUAUUCUUUAGGUUUUUACACAAAAUGGUAAAUUUACAGUUUUUUUUUUGUUGUUGUUUUUUUUACAGUGCAUUAUUACCUUUAUAUUCACGCCUUUAUGUAACCACUGAGUUCCUACCUGUGGGUUCGCACACCAGCAGGAACUGACGCACCAUGUACUGUAAGGGUGCCAUCUUGAGUGCUAGAAACUUCCGUUUUUUUAUAGCUGUUAUUUUACCAUGCUCUCGUUUGAUGUAACCAAUCAGCAUGAGCCAUGACUAACCUCUCUCACUACCAAAACACACAUACACACACACACACACUCACAAGAAAGCCGAUCAAUGCAAGGAUUUUUAUACGUUUUUUUGUCGUCACCUUCUGUGGUUUGUUCGUAACGAGCGGUGCCUUCGCCUGCGCUCAGUGUUACCGUCCUUACAUACGCUGCUCCCAGGUUUGCCCUGUGUGGGACUGCUCUGCGACGGGGUCGUGAAAUAUUCACCUGGACAAGCGGGGUCAACGAAAUCCAAUCAGUACACCUUAUUGUAGCUGCUGCAGGUGCCUGGACUAAUUGUGUGCAUGUGUUGUUUGUCUCUCUGUUUGUUUGUUUGUUUGUUUGUUGUUCUUGUCGCCCAUGUUGAUUUGACCAAUGCCUCUUCCGAUGAACUGAUACUCGCUCAGAAUUGCGACAGACUCACGGGAGCCUGUGAAGUGGCGAAUAAUGUCUGAGUGAUAUGAAUUUAUACUAAUCCGAUCUCAGCAUGCGCGUUGGCGAUGUACUUAUGUUUCAGAAACAAAAAUGCCUUCGAUCACAACUUAGCCGAACAAUGCUGUGCAAACUAGACUGUACUCAAGAAGACUUUACAAAGACGACUGCUAGCACAGGAAAUUGUGUUUUUUUUGUGUAAGUUUACAAUGGGGAAGUGCAAAAAGAAGAAAGAAAGCAAGCUAAUGAACUGAACAAGGAAACCACAAAGGCCUUUCUGGUUUAAAUUUCAUACGGUUGCACUUUGGGCGAGGAGAGCUUUAGGGAAGGGUGUCCCUUAAAUGGAGGUUAUCAGUGAACCCCGGUUUUGCAGUGCUUUAUGACAGUAAUGCAAGAGAUACGGUCUCAUUUUUGUUUCUUUGUUUUUUGUUGUUGUUUAUUUUACAAACAACUUUGUAAAAUAUGAACUACUAAUAAAUUGCACUUAAAUCUUUUAUAGAAUUUUCUGUGAUGUAAUGUUCAUGUAUUCGAUUUAAAGGCUGAAUGAAUUCAA